AUGAAGGCUUCUCAUACCGCAACUUCCAUAAGGGGGAAUCGAAAACGUCGAGAACAGAAGCCCCGCGUUCUGUUGUCAUGCACGUCGUGCAGGGAGAAAAAGCUGAGAUGCAAUCGGGAACGCCCUUGCACAAACUGUCGGAAACGCAGCCGGGAUGCAGCCUGUCAAUAUGUUACCGAGCGUUCAGACCCCUUGACAUUGAAGAAGUCAGAACCUGUUGACGUAUACCAUCGCUUGCAAUUCUUAGAGGAAAGGUUGCUCUUCUUAGAGAGGGAGGUCACGCGGGAUUGCAACUCUUCGUCCACUUCUCGGGAUGAUACGUUUCAUGAUGGCGAAAGUCCCAGCAGGAAUCCUAGUAAAAGUGAGGUAUUUCCGGCGGGAUCUCGAGUUCCCACAGAAGGGAGUUCCUUAGCUGUUUGCUUCCUAGCUGGGAAAAGUGGGACUAGAUUCGUUAACCCAAGUCACUGGCAGGCAAUUAUGAACAAUGCGGAGCUCAACCGAGAGGAUUGCAACGAUGAUGAAAACCAAGACGCUGAUGGGGCCUCUCGGCCGGAAGGCCCGGUCCUACUACUUGGAAUUUCACGGAUGAUGGACAUGGCAGAGCUUCUGAACGCACUACCACCUCGCAGAACUGCAGAUCUGCUCGAUCUAACAAGUCCUGUAGUUAUCAUUCAUGCUCCGACGUUCAAAAGCGAGUACCUGAGAUUCUGGGAUAAUCCCGCAGGAGCACCUGUCGCCUGGAUCGCACUAUUGUAUUCAAUCCUGUCUUGUGGGAUAUACAUCCAACAUACGGCAGAUUCAGAAGUUUUCUCUCUAGACUUGCCAAGAUCAUUCUAUAUGUACCGUCAUAACAGUGCAGUUGCGUUGGCGAAGUCAAACUUCGCUACUCCGGGUCCAUAUAAAGUUGAAGCAUCCAUCUUAUACCUCGGAAUCGAGUAUCUCCAAAGCAAUGAACAGAAAACAGGACUCCCAAUGUUACUCGGUGUUGUGUCGCGACUAGCAAUUAUGAUGGGAUAUCAUCGCGAUCCUCAGCUAUACCAUCCUCAGAUAUCGAAUUUCGAAGCAGAAAUGCGGCGCAGGGCAUGGCUUAUACUCAUCACAAUCGACUCCGUACUCGCAUGCCAUACAGGUCUACCCAAGGUUAUUAGCCGGAGCCUAGGCGAUGUGAGUCUCCCCAGAAAUCUUCUGGAUAGCGAUUUUAGUCCAGAAACUACUGUUCUUCCUCCUCCGCGCCCCGCAGAUGAGGUCGCCAGCAGCAUCGUAUACAUGUCGGCAAUGGAGCAAAUGCUGUCUGUUUCCAACGAAGUCAGCGACUUGGCAUCAUGUCCUUCGCUUUUUCCCGAAAGGGCUCUCGAAUUGAAUUUACAGCUGGAAAAUACCAAGAGUCGCUUGCCCAGCCUACUUCGGUUGCAGUCUCCAGGGGCACGAGCAUCAGAUGACCAGACUGUGAUCAAACAGUACUUUUUGGAAAUAACAUAUCAACGCGCGCGAUGCAUCUUACACCGUCAUUAUUUGACGACCAUUGAUCCAGAGCCUCAUGAAGGAUUGAGAUUAGUCUGCGUGGAUGCAGCCCAGCAGGUUCUAACUCUCCAGUCCGAACUGUUCCAAGUUCUGGCUAAAUCACAUAACCAGCAGUUAGCGUGGUUUGGGGUAUCUCGGUCAAUCUCCGAUUGCUUGACAGCUGCCAUGGUGAUAUCUUUGGAGGUGAUAACCCAAUCAAGAAAUGGUGGAACUGUGGGAAUUACGCCGCAGGCUGAUCUCAUUGAGCUGCUGAAGGCCUCCCAAAUAUCCUGGAGGAGCUCACCAAGGCCAUCACUGGAGACCCUGAAAGCCGCCGAUAUAAUUGGUACGAUGUUAGACUUAUUGGGAUAUGGCGGAGCGAGUCCCUUACCUGAUUUACAAGGAACUCAAGAAGGGCAGCAGAACCAUAGAGAAACCACAGAGACGCUCUUACGAUCUCCAAGUAUAAUGCAUGACAUACUGACGGGAGAUUAUGCGUUGGAAAUGUUUGACUGGGUAAGACGUACUGCUCCAUUGCAACUAUUACGCUGA